CGAGAGCGGCUCUUGGGAAAUUUAUCAGCGAUUGACAGAGAGGGUCGCCAUAUUGAGCUCAGCUGUAGUAACUAGGAAAGGUUGUGCCAAGGAAAUAAACUAUUUUCAUAUCUACACAGCAACCAAGAACUUCUAGAUUUAAUGGACGCGAUGGCGAGCCCGGGAAAGGAUACCUGUCGAAUGAAGAGUUAUAAGAACAAAGCCCUGAACCCGCAGGAGAUGCGGCGUCGCAGGGAGGAGGAGGGGAUUCAGCUGCGCAAACAGAAGAGGGAGGAGCAGCUGUUUAAGCGAAGGAAUGUGUCUCUGCCUGCGGGCGAUGAGUCUAUGUUGGAAUGCACCGUCCAAGAUCCCGAUGUCAGCUCCACCAUACCUGUCCCAGGCGAAGGCAUCAUAACUCCAGAGAUGAGACAGAUGAUCUUUUCAGAGGACCCGGACCAGCAGCUCAUAGCCACACAGAAGUUUAGGAAACUACUGUCCAAAGAGCCCAACCCUCCCAUCGAUGAGGUCAUCCUUACCCCUGGGGUUGUGAACAAGUUUGUAGAGUUCCUCAAAAGAAGUGAAAACUGCACGUUGCAGUUCGAGGCUGCCUGGGCGCUGACGAAUAUUGCAUCGGGGACGUUCCUGCACACUAAAGUGGUCAUAGAAACGGGAGCUGUGCCCAUCUUCAUCGAGCUCCUCAAUUCUGACUACGAGGACGUCCAGGAACAGGCAGUGUGGGCGCUUGGGAACAUUGCUGGGGACAAUGCAGAGUGCAGAGACUAUGUGCUGAACUGUGGCAUCCUGCCCUCGCUUCAACUGCUGCUCACCAAAUCCACUCGUCUCACGACCACGAGGAAUGCGGUGUGGGCCCUGUCCAACCUCUGCCGGGGCAAGAACCCCCCUCCCGACUUCUCCAAGGUGUCCCCCUGUUUGAGCGUGCUGUCCCAGCUGCUCUUCGGCAGCGACCCGGACGUGCUGGCGGACGCGUGCUGGGCGCUCUCCUACCUGUCCGACGGGCCCAACGAUAAGAUCCAGACGGUGAUCGACUCGGGAGUGUGCCGCAGGCUGGUCGAGCUGCUCAUGUAAGGGCCAAACCGCCAGGCGAUGCCGAAACGCUGAGCCGUAGCUGCGGUGCGCGCUGAGAGACGGCAGUGAGACACACUGAGAAGGAGAUGAGACUCGCUGAGACACUGGCCAGACCGUGAUGGAAAAGGAUGGCUUGGUGUAGCCAGUGUCUCAGUGAGACACAGUGAGAAGGAGAUGAGACUCGCUGAGACACUGGCCAGACCGUGAUGGAAAAGGAUGGCUUGCUGUAGCCAGUGUCUCAGUGAGACACACUGAGAAGGAGAUGAGACUCGCUGAGACACUGGCUAGACAGUGAUGGAAAGGAUG